AUGGGGAGUCCAAGCAUCAUAGCAGUGAAUAGGAGUAGAGGUGCCUUGAAGAUGUCGCCUUGUACAAGAAGCAGGAAAACGAGAGAGUUUAGAUUUCUUGUAGGUCUGAAUCGCGAGUUGGACGAAGUCAGAGGCCUAGGGCGCAAUCCGUUGCUGUCUACCCGCGAGGUAUUCGUGGAAGUGCGUCGGGAAGAAGCUCAUUGGCAUGUGAUGUUGAAGGAGUUCCCUUUUGAUACUUCUUUCUUCUAUCUUUGUACUUCCAUUAUUACCUAUCAAAAAAAAAUCUUUGUACUUCCAUUAUUCUACUAUAUUAGUGGAUCUGGACUUUAUAAUAUUGACAUUUACCUGAGACAAGCAGUGAUGAUGUUUCUGACUUGCUGUUUGCAUUUUCUUUCACGUGCCCUCAAUAGGUUCUCUCUCUCAUUUUUCGUGCUAUAUAUUAUUGAGGUUCCCAUGUUUCUUGCAGAGAAGCAGGUCAAUCCUCCCAGGAAAAAUGAUAAUGGAUUUCUUCAUGAGGAUUGGUGGCGAGAUCUCCUUCAGGAAAAUAACUAUAAGGAGGUUGAUUACAGUGGCAAAAUGGUUUUGCUACUUGAUAUCCUAAAAAUGAGCUCCAGUAUGGGUGAUAAGGCCCUGGUUUUUAGCCAGAGUCUAUCAACUUUGGAUCUAAUCGAGUUUUAUCUUUCAAAAUUGCUUCGUCCUGGGAAAAAGGGAAAAUGCUGGAAAAAAGGGAAGGACUGGUACAGGUUUGAUGGACGAACAGAGAGCUUUGAGAGGCAGAAACUUGUUGAGAGGUUCAAUGAGCCUUCAAAUAGAAGGGUCAAAUGCACUUUGAUAUCUACAAGGGCUGGCUCUCUUGGCAUCAACCUUCAUGCUGCUAACCGAGUAAUUAUUGUCGAUGGCUCUUGGAACCCAACAUAUGAUCUUCAAGCUAUAUAUCGGGUUUGGAGAUAUGGCCAAACAAAGUCUGUCUUUGCAUAUCGUUUGCUGGCACACGGAACAAUGGAGGAAAAAAUUUAUAAGCGUCAGGUGACUAAGGAAGGUCUUGCAGCAAGGGUGGUUGAUAGGCAACAGGUACAUAGAACAAUGUCUAAAGAGGAAAUGUUGCAUCUGUUUGACUUUGGCGAUGAUGAAAAUGCUGACACAAUGCCUGAGUUGGUUCAAGAGACUGGAGUUAUUACUGAAUCAAAUAUAGCUUUGGACACAAAGCCUGAGCUGGUUCAAGAGACUGGAGAUAUUACUGAAUCAAAUACAACUGCUGGCACAACGCCUGAGUUGGUUCAAGAGACUGUUGUUAUGACUGAAUCAAAUACAACUUGUCACGUGGGAAGUUAUUUGAAGCAGAAACUGCCACUUCUUCAUGGAAACUCAUCUGCUGACAAGUUAAUGCAAAGCUUGAUUAGCAGGCACCAUCCCAGGUAAACUCAUUUUACUUGUGUA